AGACGACCACAAUUCUGAGAUCGAGUAGGAGUAUCUGUUUAACCAGUUUGUAUUGACUGAAAGUGGAUUAAAACUUCUGCUAUAUAGUUAUGUUAUUGUGCUGUUGGUAUCCGAGUUUUAGGUAAGUUUCAUUGAGUUUUCUUUGUUUAAAAUAAUGUCUGUGUUUUCGUGAAAAAAAUAUCAUUUUCUAUUUGUAGAGGUGAUCAGUCUUAGGAAAAUGCAUUGAAUUUAAAUGUAAUGAGCUUAUAGCCAAAGUCUGUUUUCUUUAUUUUAUGUAAUCAGUUUUUUUUUUUUUUUUUUUAUAGAGAAUCCAACUUGUAUCUUUCAAAUGUUCACCUCAUCAGAUGCCUUUGUUAACCUAACACUUGUGAGUUAGACAUCCUCUCUCACUUUUCCUGUUCGUAAGACGCCAAAAUAUAGUUUGCUUCCUGUGUUUAGGGUUGCCCCUGGCAGAGAAUUAACUACUAGGUAAAGUUAUACUCGUGGUGUGCGUGUUAUUUAAUUAAUUUUUUUUUUAUGUUCCUUUUUCCUAAUGUUGCUGUUUUAAUGAGAUUUCUGCUAUCGUUCCAGACUUAAUUUUAAAUAAAGACGUUUAGAAUUAAGUGCUUCAACUGAGUUUCAAAUGGAGGCCAAGCGAGUGAAGAGAAAUGUUAAAACUUUGCUUGGUGAAUAUAUUGGACAGCGACUCAGGGAAAAUGGUUUUGAUCCAAAAGGGAAAAGCACUUCUACAAUGUUAGAUGAUCUGGCCAAUUAUGACUUGGCUAUAAGUGUGGCUUGGUGGUGGUUCAAUAAAGAUGAUGGGAAGAAUGCAGCUGAGAAUGACUACAUAGGAAUUGGCAGUAUUAGCCAGUACCCUAAUCACCUAGAAAGAGAAGCAAUGAUCCUUUCUUCAUUUGCUGGAAUGCUUCUGAACAGCUUACCCAUAGAAGACAUUCUGUUUCUGUACAAUUGCAAACCAGUGGCAUCUUACCCUCAUAAUCAUGCUAAGGGAAGCAUUGUUCACCCAUUCUCCCUCUCUUAUCAUCCAUUUGCUAUGCUCAGUUCAUUCAAAGCAGUAGACCACUCAAGAAAACACACCCAGGUACUGAAACGCUGGAUCAAGAAACACAGUAAACAGGAGGCCUCUCCAGUAACAGAGAAACUGGAGUCCCCCUCCACCUCCUCUUCUAGCUCCUCAUUUAGUGAUAGUGAGGACUCCUUAAAAGAUGAAACCGCUCACUAUGAGGGCUCACAAGAAUCGCUGCAGGACUGAAAACAGCUGCUGUACAACAAGCAAAUAUUAAUAUUCAUGGUUUAUUAAACAUUGCCGUCAUCAUUACACAUGUAACAUCCUUUCAAGUGUUUCCUCAUUUGUCCUUAUUGCUAUAAUAUUAGUUCUUUCCUGAGACUUUGUUCACAACAAGAUAAUAAUAAAGAGAGCGAUUUAUAUUUUUUAUAAUAGUACUUUUUCUGAAUUAAUAAUUGUCCAGAGAUUCAGUGUUAUGUUUACAGUAACCAAUAAAGUUCUUGAACUUUUACUUUCUGAACUCUGCAACAUGUGGUGUGUUAUAGACGUUUUUGGAAGAGUUGAUGCAUUCCAUGUCGUAAGCAAUAAUUCUAUCACAUAAAGAAUUUCAUUAGUGU